GGGCCCGGGCCCAGGUGGGAGAGCGCGGCCGGUAACGGGCAGCGGCCUGGCCGGCAGGAUGAGCCGGUUCCUGAACGUGCUGCGCAGCUGGCUGGUGAUGGUGUCCGUCAUCGCCGCCGGCAACACCCUGCAAAGCUUCCGCGACCACAGCUUCCUCUCGGAGAAGCUGUACACCGCCAGCCCCGGCCUCGUGAACGCGCUCCAGGCCCGGACCUUUGGCGUCUGGACCCUGCUGUCAUCAGUGAUCCGCUGUCUCUGCGCCAUCGACAUCCGCAACAGAACCCUCUAUUACAUCACACUUUUCACCUUCUUUUUGGCCCUUGUUCACUUCCUGUCCGAGGUCUUCAUUUACCACACUGCAGCCUUGACAAUUGGAGUUAUGGCACCUCUCAUGGUAGCAAGUUUCUCUAUCUUGGGGAUGUUGAUUGGGCUGCAGUACCUGGAAGUAGAAGCACUGUCACAAAACAAGAAGAAAAACUGAAGCUGAGGGCCCUGUGUAGGUCAGCAUUGUCUGUCUUCACUGUUAAAUUUCCACUUAAGCUCAGCUUAACUUCUCUAGGAUACCAGUCCCACCAGUGGAUCAGUGUUGGACUCUUGUCAAUCAUUCUUCAUUGCCAAGUGUUUUUUCUUGUCCAGGCAACGUUUCAGCUGACUGAUGUCAAAGACCAAGUCCCAGAGGAGUCUGUGUCACAGCUUGCAGGGGGGCAGUUGGUGACUCUUCUCAGAGGAUAGCAAAGUGUCUCAGGCAUGCCCAGAGCACUUAAGAGCUUCUCUCCCAGUGUACCUGUGAGGAGGAGGUGUAAUGCUACUCAGAAUCCACUGAACAUUUUGGACCAGAGAGAAAGAACAUGUGCUGCCCCUGGUGCUGCUAUGUAACGUGCAUGUGUGUGUUCUUUAGGGGCCAUUUCUAAUAAAUGACAGAAAACUGCGGA